UAUUUGUAUAUAUUCAUGGGGUACAAGCGCAGUUUUGCUGCGUUGAGUAUUACUGCAUUGUGGUGGAGCCAGGGAGAGCUGGCGCUCCUCAGCGCUCUUUUUACCACCUGUACCUUGCAAAGUUGGUGUGAGUCUUGUCAUUUGAUGGAAUGAUCCUGAGAUCAGAGAGGUCAAGCCACAUGCCCAAGACCAGACAGCUGUGACUUGCCUGCCUCGGCACCGAAUUACUCAAGUCCCAAUCCAUGCCGUGCUCGUUUCAGAGAGAUUUUUCUGAGAUAUAAGUACAUGCUCCACGGGGGAAGGGCUGUGUUCACUGAUGUAUCCCUGGCACAUAGUAGGUGGCCAGUAAAUACGUGUCAAAUGAACGGGCUACAAGAAUGAAUGAUGCAGGCGCGGUUGCAGGAAAGCACAUGUCAGAACGUCUAGUUAGUGAGAUCUGGGACUCUGCCCUGAGCCUGAUUUCCCCCCUGUUUUCUUGCCCUUUUCCCUUUGGGUGUCAGACAGGUAAACCCACUGCUCCGCGGCAGGGACGCCUUCCGGGAUGCCCACGCCUUCCAGAGCCGGGGGCCUGCGCCCCAGGCCCCCUCGCCGUGGCUCCUGCAGCCCUCUGGGUCGGCUCCUGCCGGGCCCCGUGGAGACGCCGCCCGUCAAGGGCCUUUACUACCGCAGGGUGCGGAAGGCGGGCGCCCUGGACGCCUCCCCGGCGGACCUGAGGAAGGAGAUCCUGGUCAACGUGGGGGGCAGGAGGUACCUCCUUCCCUGGAGCACGCUGGACGAGUUCCCGCUGAGCCGCCUGAGCAAGCUCAGGCUCUGCCGCAGCCACGAGGAGAUCACGCAGCUCUGCGACGACUACGACGAGGACAGCCGGGAGUUCUUCUUCGACAGGAGCCCCAGCGCCUUCGGGGCGAUCGUGAGCUUCCUGGCGGCCGGGAAGCUGGUGCUGCUGCGGGAGAUGUGCGCGCUGUCCUUCCGGGAGGAGCUGGCCUACUGGGGCGUCGAGGAGGCCCGCCUGGAGAGGUGCUGCCUGCGCACGCUGCUGCAGAGGCGGGAGGAGCUGGCCGAGCUGCGCAGGCAGGAGGCGGCGCUGCAGCGGCGCGGGGAGGCCCGCGUGCCCGCCGCGCACGGCUCGCGCUGGGGCCUCUGCAUGCACCGGCUGCGCGACAUGGUGGAGAACCCGCAGUCCGGGCUGCCCGGGAAGGUCUUCGCCUGCCUCUCCAUCCUCUUCGUGGCCACCACGGCCGUCAGCCUGUGCGUCAGCACCAUGCCCGAUCUCAGGGCCGAGGAGGACAAGGGCGAAUGCUCUCGAAAGUGCUACUACAUUUUCGUGGUGGAGACCAUCUGCGUGGCCUGGUUUUCCCUGGAGUUCUGCCUGAGGUUCGUCCAGGCCCAGAACAAGUGCCAGUUCUUCCAGGGGCCCCUGAACAUCAUCGACAUCCUGGCCAUCUCCCCGUACUACGUGUCGCUCGCGGUGUCCGAGGAGCCCCCCGGGGACGGCGAGCGGCCGAGCGGCAGCUCCUACCUGGAGAAGGUGGGGCUGGUGCUGCGCGUGCUGCGGGCGCUGCGCAUCCUCUACGUCAUGCGCCUGGCGCGCCACUCGCUGGGGCUGCAGACGCUGGGGCUCACCGUGCGCCGCUGCACGCGCGAGUUCGGCCUCCUCCUCCUCUUCCUGGCCGUGGCCGUCACCCUCUUCUCCCCUUUGGUCUACGUGGCCGAGAACGAGUCCGGGCGGGUCCUGGAGUUCACCAGCAUCCCCGCCUCCUACUGGUGGGCCAUCAUCUCCAUGACCACAGUGGGCUACGGGGACAUGGUCCCGCGCAGCGUGCCAGGCCAGAUGGUGGCCCUCAGCAGCAUCCUGAGCGGGAUCCUCAUCAUGGCCUUCCCGGCCACGUCCAUCUUCCACACCUUCUCCCACUCCUACCUGGAGCUCAAGAAGGAGCAGGAGCAGCUCCAGGCCCGCCUCAGGCGCCUCCAAAGCACCCCCGUGCCCAGUGACCUCGAACUCCUGGACGCCAGCGUGGCCAGCGACCGUGAACUCUUGGAUGCCAGCGUGGCCAGCGACCGUGAACUCCUGGACGCCAGCGUGGCCAGCGACCGUGAACUCCUGGACGCCAGCGUGGCCAGCGACCGUGAACUCCUGGACGCCAGCGUGGCCAGCGACCGUGAACUCCUGGACGCCAGCGAGGCCGUUGGGCACAAACUCACGGAUGACGUCGACGACCGGAUCCCAGGGAGCUGCGCCUCGCCCGUGGUGCACGUGUAACUCAAAACCCCUUGAGAACACAUACGGUGACCUCAGCCCGCCACUGUGGCUGAAACACACCCGGGACCGGCCAGUGGAGACCAGCCGGUGGUACAUUUCUAGCGCCCAGGGGGGACUCCCCAAGCUAGGAGGCACGAGGCCAAGAUGCUCAGUCCUGGUGAUCCCGGGCCCUGUGGGGCCUCUUCCUUUCUCCCUGUCCAUCCUGAGCACACCCAGUCCUGCAGGAUUAGGGCAGUCUCCCUCCUUCCUCUUUUCCUUCCCAGCAGAGUCUUUGACAUCCCAAGCUGGGCUCCAGAUGCCUGCAGAACGCUGGUCACCGUCAACAUUUGAGGAUGGAGCGGACAGAAUCCCACUAUUCCCCUAAGACCCUCGCUCCUGGGCCACAGCACCGCCAGAAGUCAGAGAGUCUGGUCACCACAAACCCUUCCGAUCAGAUCUCCCCACCCAGCCCUUCCCCAGGCUCCGCAGGGAUGGAUAAGUUCUCUCUCUGCCCCCCACUACCAGCGGGACUUCCCCCCGCGCAGCUGCCUCCCCGCCAGCUCCGGAAGCUCACAGCCAAGAAGGCAGCGCUCGCCUUUCUGCAGUGAACCCCACGUUGGAGGCGGUGGCUGCAAGCCUGCCACCGCCCCGCCCCAUACACCUGGCACCUGGGUCCUGGCCAGAAGCCCCGUGCGCAGGCUGGGCAGGCUCUCCGGCCGGCCGGACUCCUGGGGGGAUGUCCCCCAAUGACCCAGUCGUUAGGCUUGGCAGAGGCGAACUCUUUCAGGGCUCUGCAUUGUCCCUUGAGAUAACUGCUCCUGCCUCUGGCUCCUCCCGCACUGCCGGGGACCUUGGCUUUUGAUCCUCAGUUAGGCCACCAAGGGUUCCACACAGCUUCACUGCAGAAACAAGGGCAGCCGUCGUCGGGUCUGCCCCUCGCCGGCUCCCCAGACCAGGCCCCCUAACGCCAGAAGGUAGACACUCUUAGCUUACAGUUAAAUGUAUUUGUUUACUCGUGUGUUCAUUUGCUAACAGAGUCAGCCCUUUGCCGCCACGGGCAGAUGCAGAGUGAAUCACCUGCGAUAAAGCAGCGCAUCCUGAGCGUAGCCAGGGAAGAGCAAGGAGCGCCAAGCGCGUGGCUCCCAGAGGCCUGGCGGGGGCGGGCGGGCUGGA